AUGACCAUGAGGCUUUCUUUGUCUGCCUACAAACAAGUGCAGCCUCGUGUGAAUUUCCAAGGGGGGCUAAAAAUGAAACCUUUCUUUCGUCGAAAAGACAAGGUUGUGUUCGUAGUUGGGCCGACUGGCACUGGCAAAUCAAGGCUGGCUAUUGACCUAGCAACCCGCUUCCCAGCCGAGGUUGUCAAUUGUGACAAAAUGCAAGUCUAUAAAGGCCUCGAUAUAGUGACAAACAAGGUGACUGAAGAGGAGUGUCGCGGCGUGCCUCAUCAUUUACUUGGCAUAGCAGACCCUAAUGCAAAUUUCACUUCCGAUGACUUCAGGCACCAUGCAUCCCUUGUUGUAGAAUCAAUCGUCACGCGUGAUCGGCUACCGAUCAUCGCCGGUGGAUCCAAUUCUUACGUCGAGGCCUUAGCAAAUGAUGAUCCUGAAUUUCGAUUAAAAUAUGAAUGUUGCUUUCUUUGGGUGGAUGUGUCACUACCUGUACUCUAUUCAUUCGUAUCAGAGCGGGUCGAUCGGAUGGUGAAAGCAGGCUUGAUUGAUGAGGUGAGAGAUAUGUUUGAUCCUGCUAAAUUUGAUGAUUAUUCACAAGGAAUCAAGCGGGCAAUUGGGGUUCCUGAAUUGGAUCAUUUUUUACGAAAUGAGGCGCUUGUGGAUGCUAAAACUAGUAGAAAGCUUCUUGAUGAGGGUAUUGAAAAAAUUAAAGACAAUACUUGUAGGUUAGCUUGUCGACAAUUACAAAAAAUCCAUCGACUUCAUAGCAUAUGGAAUUGGAACAUGCACCGAAUCGAUGCCACUCAAGUUUUCCUAACAAGUGGAAAGGAGGCUGACAAUCUAUGGGACGAACAUGUGGCAGGACCGAGCACCAUGAUCGUGAACCAAUUUCUUUGUGACGAAAAUCAUGUAUCUCCCAUUAUACCAUCGGAGUCGGUCAAUAUGGUGCCCAUCUCUGUCCCGGCCAUGGCUGUCGCUGCCACUCGAUAA